AUGUUUCGAAAUAUUGAUUCAACGUUUAAAAAAUUACGAUCAUCACAACAAAUCAAUCUUGGUGGAAUAAGGCAUAUACGGGAACCAUUUCAACCAUUAAAACGUUGUCCACGAUGGGUUUGUGUAGAAGACGCUAUAAAAAUAAUAAAUUCAGAACAUCUAGUAUUUAUACAAGGAGGUGCAGCUACUCCGCUGGAAUUAGUAAGAGCUAUGACAGAACAUGGUGUAUGUAAUAAUUUACGUGGCGUUCGAUUGAUACAUAUGGCUUUAGAGGGCGAUGCACCCUUCGCCAAUCCUGAAUUUGAAAAACACUUUAGAUCAAUUAGUCUUUAUAUUGGCGCAAAUGUUAGAGAAGCUGUUAAUGAAGGCAGAGCAGAUUGCAUUCCAUUAUUUUUACACGAGGCACCAAAGUUAUUUUAUGAACAAAGAAUUGUUCCCGAUGUUGCUUUGAUACACGUUAGCGCACCUGACCCACGUGGAUUUUGUUCACUUGGUGUUAGCGUGGAUUGUACACGUGCAGCUAUUUGUACAGCCAAAGUCAUAGUUGCGCAAGUUAAUGAACAUAUGCCAAGAUCAUUUGGUGACACUGUUAUACAUUCUAGUCACAUCGAUUGGGCAGUCAAAUACGAUUGUCCAUUACCUUGUAUAGCAAGUACUGCGCCUAACGAUAUUGAAUUAGAAAUUGGCAAAUUCAUAGCACAAAGAUUGGUAGAGGAUGGUGCAACUUUGCAGCUUGGUAUAGGAAACAUUCCUGAUGCUGUACUAUGUGCUUUGGUCAAUCAUAAAGAUCUUGGUAUACAUUCUGAAAUAAUCGGUGAUACGAUAGUGGAUCUUGUUGAAAGAGGGAACAUUACAAAUAAAAAUAAGAUCAAACAUAGAGGUCGUCUAGUUGGUUCCUUAGGAAUUGGUACUAAGAGACUUUACGAUUUCUUGCAUAACAAUCCUUUCGUUGAAAUGCUAGCAAUUAAUUACGUCAAUGAUCCACGAGUAAUAUCUAUGCAACCAAAAAUGACUGCCAUUAAUUCCUGCAUUGAAAUGGACAUUACUGGACAAGUAUGUUCCGAUAGUUUGGGCUGUAAAAUGUAUUCUGGUUUUGGUGGUCAACUUGAUUUUAUACGAGGUGCAGCAUUAGGCCAAGAUGGUAGAGGAAAAGCUAUCAUAGCAUUCCCAUCUAUUACAAGCAAAGGAGAAAGCAAGAUACAAGCAGUACUAAAACUCGGUGCUGGAGUUGUUACUACAAGAGCACAUGUUCAUUAUGUUGUAACAGAGCAUGGUAUUGCUCAAUUAUUUGGUAAAACAUUGCGUCAAAGAGCUAAUGCAUUAAUUCAGAUAGCACAUCCUGAUCAUAGAGAAUGUCUUGAAAAGGCUGCAUUUGAAAGACUAAAAACUAUGCCAACUAAAUAUCUGUGAAAGAAAAUGUUUAAGAAUUAUAUUGUCAAAGAUAAAUUUAUUAAAAUCAUGCUCAAAAUUGUUAUCAAAAAAAUGACACUGUGUAUGUCUACUCUCUGUUUACAACUCUGUCUACAAAGUAAUUUUAUUCCGAUUCUGUCUACACGAAUGCAAAACAAUUUUCUUCAAAAUUAACAGUUUCCAAUAUUAUAUUCAUCAUCCAUUAUUAUAAAUUUAUAUAAAUGAGGUCAAUCACAUGUACAACAAAAUAAAUAAUAAGUUAGCAAUAAGUAUACGAAAAUUCUUAUAUUUCAUUUAUGGUACAUUUUUUAAA